AUGGCGGCGGAAAAUGCUGGUCUUUCGGCCCGAGUAGAGACCAUGUCGGCACAGAUGGCGACCAUGUCGGCCCAGAUGGCAACCGUGCUGGCCGCGCGACUGGAGGACCCUCCCGCCAUGCAAGGUCCCUACGCCACAAGGGAUUCUCGUCUGUCGAAGAGAGCUUCCUUGCGCAACCGCCGAGAUGGUAGAUGCGUCCUGAUGUAA